GUUGAAUCCUGCGUGGUAGAACGUGGCGCCACCGUCGAUAGUGAGCGCUGUGUCGCUGCUCGUGGACCAUCAGUAGGCGAGCAGCAUCCUUGACGGCCGGUCCGUCUGCAGCCGAUCCCUUUUAUUAUUAUUAUUCUCCUUCUUCUUCUUCUCCUUCUUCUUCUUCCUCUUCUUUCUCUCCUUCAUUUCCCCUUCCCUCCUUUUUACCCUUUAUUUUGCCCCCCUCUCUUUUAUUCCGUGCGUGUUUCGCCUCGUCAUUUCUAAGCACUUCUCUCGGCUAUUCAGACAAACGUACAAAACAGACGGACCAGACCAGCUCGUAACGAGGCUUUGCGCCAUUGCGCCAGCUCCCAAUCGGUUACCUUCCUUCUUGCCCCAGUUGCCACACACACACCAGAAGAAGAAGAAGAAGAAGAUCUGCCACCAGUUAUAUAUUUCUGCGGCUGAAAUCAUUUUUUUUUUCCUGCGGCGAUUCAUUCAAUUCGGCCGACUUCCCCCGGUGCUAACGAUGGCCCACCGACAAGAAAGAAGACCAAGUUAUUGGAGCGGAGGCCGACUGACGUGCACGACCACUGCCGGGACCCUGGUGCUGACGACCGUGUGCUGCUGCUGGUGUUUCGGCCUCUUGGUCCAGCCGGCCAGCUGCGGCAAUCCAGACGCCAAACGACUCUAUGACGACUUGCUCUCCAAUUACAACAAGAUUGUCAGACCCGUCGUCAACAACAGCGACGUCCUCAAAGUCCGCAUCAAGCUCAAAUUGUCGCAGCUCAUCGACCUGAACUUGAAGAAUCAAAUCAUGACGACCAACCUCUGGGUGGAGCAGUAUUGGUACGACUACAAACUCAUGUGGGAGCCAUCCGAGUACGGUGAGGUGAGCAUGCUCCACGUUCCGUCCGAUCACAUCUGGAGGCCGGACAUCAGCCUCUACAACAACGCUGACGGUCACUACGAGUUGAAAUUGAACACGAAAGCCAUAGUGCACCACAACGGCCUGGUGGCGUGGCAACCGCCGGCCACCUACAAGUCGGCCUGUGACAUUGACGUUGAAUAUUUCCCGUUGGAUAUACAGACCUGUUUUCUCAAACUCGGGACGUGGACGUACGCGGGUUACCAGGUGGAUCUCCGUCAUCUCGACGAGGUGGAAGGGUCCAACAUCGUCGAUAUCGGCAUGGAUCUCAGCGAGUUUUACAUGUCUGUCGAGUGGGACAUUUUGGAAGUGCCGGCAGUCAGGAGUGAGAAGUUUUACACAUGCUGCGUCGAGCCCUAUUUGGACAUCACGUUCAACAUCACCAUGCGUCGCAAAACGCUCUUCUACACGGUCAACCUCAUCAUCCCCUGUAUGGGCAUCUCCUUUCUGACCAUAUUGACAUUCUACCUGCCGUCAGAUUCCGGCGAGAAGGUCACGUUGUCCAUCUCGAUUCUCAUUAGUCUUCACGUGUUUUUCCUGCUGGUCGUCGAGAUUAUCCCGCCCACGAGUCUGGUGGUCCCGUUACUUGGCAAAUAUUUAAUUUUCGCUAUGAUUCUCGUUUCCAUCAGUAUUUGCGUGACGGUGGUGGUGCUGAACGUUCACUUUCGAUCGCCGCAAACGCAUCGGAUGGCCCCGUGGGUCCGUCGCGUUUUCAUUCACAUUCUGCCCAGGUUGUUGGCCAUGAGGAGGCCCCAGUGCCGGAUUGACGAGCACUCGAAAUUCGGGCGGCACGUCGUCGUGCGGACGUGCAACGGCUCGGAACUGCGCGACGCCAUGGCCGGCGACAACGGCGGCGGCGAAUACAUGCGCCGGGCCGCCAAUAAUCGACAAGGCGGCCUCGCCGGUUCCAGUUUCGGCGCUACUUUAAGUCGCGGCGUGACGACGGAGAAUCUCUGCCGCGUUCACGGCUACCCGUCGCGGCGCAAUUCCGUCAUGGUGCGGGACGACACGAUGUCGACGACGACAUUGGCCGCCGCUUCGUCGAUGAUCGGAUCGACCCGGAUAGGUGCCGGCGGAGUGCCCAGCGGCGGAAUACCCGUCUCGGGCACGGGCGACCACAUCCGCUACAUCGGGCCGAACGGGAUGCACUCGGCCAAAUGCUCGGCCGAUUUGCACCGCUCCUGUUUUUGCGUGCGUUUCAUCGCCGAGCACACGCGCCUCAAAGAAGAAUCCCUCCGAGUCCGCGAGGAUUGGAAGUACGUGGCCAUGGUGUUGGACCGUCUUUUCCUCUGGAUAUUUACUCUGGCCGUCCUGGUAGGAACGGCUGCCAUCAUUCUACAGGCGCCUUCGCUCUACGACGACCGCGAGCCCAUCGACCAGCAACUGUCUGAGAUCUUCAGCACGGUCAGGAAUCGGAACCAGCAGAAUAAGAAUCCUUUCUAAAGAGCGAGCUGGAGAAUCCUUAAAAACUAUACACAUGCCGCACUCUCUCUCUAUCUGUCCCUCUGUGUAUACCAUAGCUUGUAGUCCUAUACAAAGCAACAACAACAACAACAACAACUGAACAAACCAGAAAGAAGUAGAAGAAAAAGAAUCGAAAUCAUCGCUCAGUUGUCCGCGCUCUGUUUUUUGUUUGAUUUUCUUUUUGAUUCCAUAAUAUAGUAUUUAUACUACUGUUGUGUACACCGGCGUUGCGAAUCUUGUAUAUAGAUAGGCCAUUUUUCACAACUUAUUUGGAGAUUUAAAAAAAGGAGAUGAUGAUGAUAGAUUUUUACUACCAUAGAUGUAAAACCCCCAAAAUUAAAUAAUAAAAUAAAAACAAAAAUAACGGCUGAUACUAUAUAUGUCAAGGAAAUGUUUAUGUUAUUUCUCGUAAUGUUCAUGUGAGCCCUCUUCCAUCACGCUGGAUUAUUUGAUAUGCCUCCCUCUCCUUUAUUCUCCCAAAUUUUUGGGUUCUAUCUUUCCCCGUUGCAAUGCACCAGGCUACUAUGCAAAUCACUAACGACGGUGGUUAUCAUUAUUCCGUAAAGCCCCCCGCCGCGGGGAUGAUGAUUCCGAACAUUGUAGGGAGGGAUAACAGAAAAUUGAAUUUUUGAUUUGAUGAAAAUUACGGAGAGAUAGGGGCGACAUCAGCAGCAACAACAACAGUGAUAGUAGCGUUCUCACCAAAUGUUUUGACAAGACACUACCGGAAAAUACCUACUAUCCAACUAACCACUCUUACCCAAUACUAUUCUCUUGAAUUGAUUCGAUUGAUUUUGAUUGCGUUAUUUGAUGAUAGAAUUAAGGGCGACAAACACUGAAUUAACACAAAUUGUUGAGGGGAGAUAUAGGGAUAGAUAGGAAAAAUGGAAACGUUUAUUCAUUAUUCUGUGUCUGUUGUGUAUUUGAAUCUUGUUGACGAUUGGAAU